AUGGCGGACAUCGAUCCCAAAGAGAGCCAUGCUAGGUCUAAAUCUGAAGCACAGGAGGGGCCAAGGAUAGAAGCAGUUUACACACAAGAGGAGCCCUUUGACCAGGAGUGGUGUGCAAGUCUAAAGCAGGUUACAGAGCUGACAUUUGUUAAAGAUGAAGAGGUCCCUCGACUGGAAUGUGUUCCUAUUAAAGAGGAAUUCAUAGAACAGGAAUGUGUCCCCAUCGCAGAGGAAGUUCCUACUGAAAAUAAUGUCUGUACACUUGAGGAGAACAACAAGCUGGGAUCCAGCCUGUGUGAUGAUUGUCCACCUGAAUGUGAACUGGGAUUUAGAGCUGCUAAAGGAAAUAUCACAGGAGAGACUAAUUUAUCACAGGAUAAAAUCCACCAGUGCGUUCAAACAGGAGAGAAACCUCACCACUGCACAGAGUGUGGGAAGAGAUUCGGUCGUUUAUCACAUCUUAAAAUCCACCAGCGCAUUCACAGAGGAGAGAAGCCUUAUCCCUGCACUGAGUGUGGGAAGAGAUUCAGUCGUUUAGCAGACCUUAAAAGACACCAGCGCAUUCACACAGGAGAGAAACCUUAUCACUGUACUGAGUGUGGGAAGAGAUUCAGCCGUUCAUGGUACCUUAAGAGACACCAGUGCAUUCACGCAGGAGAGAAACCCUAUCACUGCACUGAGUGGGAAGAGAUUCAGUCAUUUAUCAUACCUUAAGACACCAGCGCAUUCACGCAGGAGAGAAACCUCAUCACUGCAAUGAGUGUGGGAGAAGUUUCACGUAUUUAAGUUCCCUGAAAAUCCACCAAAAGAGAAAUCUGUAGUGAAUGUUUGAAGAGUUUCUGUCAGUCAUCAAACCUUAAAAGACACCAUAAAUUCAAACGUGUAGUCAAGUUGGGUCUUGAAGGACACAAGAGAAUUCACAGAAGUUCAGCCACUUGAGGACACCUGAACACCAGGAGUAAAUUUGACUAAAAUACAGAAAUGUUUACUGAAAACAAGAGAAUAAACUUGCGUGAUAAAUAGGGUUAUUCCUAAUCACUUCCGAUCAUAAAUUUACACUCCCGGCUGGAAAAUAUGAACUACUACAUCUUGUUUGGACCAUUCAUCAUCUUGUUGACCAUACCGAUUUUGUUACAUCACAUUAGUAAUCUUAUGAGAUAGAUUGUAAUUGCGUCUACAAGAUCCUACUUGUGUCUCAUGCUUUGCUCAGUCGCUUAGUUUAAACAUUAAGAUUAUUAAAUGUAACCAAGUCUCCAGCUCUUUCAAGUCAGUGCUAAGCUUUGGUCAAUUCUUAACUUUACACCACAAGCAUUGUUUUGUUCUUGAUAAGCUGUGACUGCACUAUAACUAGGGCUUCUGAUUUUUGGUGUCGCCCCCCCCCCCCCCCCCCCCCGACUUUUCUACUCUCCUUUAAAAAUUCAUGAUUGAUACCUACUCAGUCACAACUGAGAAAUGCGUUAAUAGUAAAAUUGAUUCAAUUUUUUUCUAUGAAACAACUAAAUGGGCUUUAAAUUGUAAGUCUUUUGCAUUUAAAAGCAGAAGCGACUCUUUAGGAACGUGAAUACAGUUACACAUAACGAUUUUAAUAAAGCGUGUCCAGCGAAACGCUUUUAUUUUUCAUUAUAGCUUUAAUAAAGACUAGUCGCUUAUUAACAUGUUGUGAUCUCGUUUGUGCGUUCUGCUUGUAAAUUAAAAAUUAAGGCUUGGCUGAUUUUAAAAUCCAAUUUUGUUGCUUCACAGAAAAAGAAUAAACAACCUGUAAAUGAAAUCAAUUUUCUCAGUUGUGAUUGAGUUACGCAAAUGGCUUAACAGGUAUCAGUUUAAUUCUUAAAGGAGAGUAUAAAAGUCUGGGUAAAAUACCGCAAAUCAGAAGCCCUGAAUAUAAUGCCCCCAAUAUACAAUUUCACAAUGGGAAUGGAAAAACUGAUUUUUAUCAGUAACUUGAGAAUGAAUGACAAAUGUGUAUACCUUGAAAAUGUCCCCUCUUGGAAUUAUUAAAUCAUGAUUUUUUUUGUUUUAA